AUGCCGAAACGAAGUACUGACGAAAAAAUCGAUCUUUAUCUAAAGAAAAUUCAAAGAUUAACGGCUGAAAAAAGUGUUGUACGACGACGAUGGCGAGUGCGUGUUAUUUCGAGUGAUUCUUCCGAAGCAAAUGAAGGUUGUGGCGAAACAACGCAGCGCAUAGCAACCGCCGAGGUCCACCGACCGCCUUCGGGAAAAAUAGAUCCCUCAUGGAACGAUGCUGCGGGUGCCUCCCCCGAGGCAGAAAUACCACGAGAUAUUGAGGCAGAAACACCACGUGAUAAUGAGGCAGCAUCACCUUGUGAUAAUGCAGAACUCAUGGCAAAAAUUCCUAUUUCUAUGCCAGAGCAUCCACUGCCAAUGCCAGCUGCCGUGCCAAAUGAGGCCGGACAGUUUUUAGAAGCGUUAUCGUAUGAAUUGGAGUUAGACCCUGAUUUAUUGGAGGCUCUAGGUGAAUCCAUAGAUGCCGCUCCUGUAUUUGGACCUAAAAUUCAUGAUAGUUUGGCAAAACUAUGGCUCCCUUUACUGACAAAAGGCAUGACUAAAGAGAAUAAAGAUAAGAGUAUGAAACAAUACCUGAUACCAGAUAAUUGCCGGUUUUUACAAGCCCCGAAAAUAAAUGGAGAAAUUUUCUCGGCCAUUCCGGAAGAAGUCCGUAACAGAGACAAAGGACUUUCAUUUCAUCAACAACAACUCGGUUGUGGCAUUACGGCCAUAAAUAGAGCAUUGGAUUUGCUUUUAAGGAGGGACAAUAAAAAGGGAGCCAUCCAACAUCUCAGUAAUGGCUGUCGUAUAUUGUCUGACCUGCAUGCAACAUCCACUCAGACUCGUAUAAAACUUAUUACUCCGAGUCUUGACAAGAAUUUCCAUCACGUGAUCCAGGAUACAGAAAGAGCGAAACCUUGUUUGGUAAUAAACUUUCUGAGAAAAUUAAGGCAGCAAAAGCAAUAG